GCGGACUCCGUGGUCUGCAGACGUAUAAAAACCGGAGCACACGUUUUCAAAUUAUUCAGUUGCCACCAUCAAACACCACCAACAUGUUCGCUAAGGUUAUCGUCGCUCUGUGCGCUAUAAGCGCGGUUCGCGCUAGCGGACUGUUGGGAGUCGCCCCCGUGGCGUAUAGCAGCCACUCGAUUGCUGCUCCCGCCAUCUCUUCUGUGUCUUCGUACUCCACCCAGACAGCACACGCCGCGCCCAUCGCCACCUACGCCGCCGCUCCGGCAAUCGCCACCUCAUACGCGGCUCCCGUCGUGAGCAGGACCAUCACUCCUGCUGUCUCCUCCGUCUCUUCCUACUCUACUCAGACCUCGCACGGCGGUCCCAUCGCCACCUACGCCGCUGCCCCAGCCAUCGCUGCUGCGCCCGCCAUCGCCACCUCCUACGCGGCUGCGCCCGCCAUCGCCACCUCCUACGCGGCUGCUCCCGCUAUCGCCACCUCUUACGCGGCUCCCGUCGUUAGCAGGACCAUCACUCCUGCCGUCUCUUCCGUGUCUUCGUACUCCACUCAGACCUCGCACGGAGCCCCCAUCGCCACCUACGCCGCUGCCCCCGCCGUAGCGACCUACGCCGCCCGCACCAUCGCCGCUCCAGCUGUGGCCGCCUACACCACCCGCACCAUCGCCGCCCCAGCUGUCGCCGCGUACGCCGCCCGCGCGUACGCCGCUCCCGCCGUCGCCGCUUACGCCGCGCCAGCCGUGGCGGCUUAUGCCACCCGCACCAUCGCCGCGCCCGCUGCCACCUCCUACUCCUCCUACAGCACCCAGACCGCGCACGGAUCUCCCGUCGUCGCUAGGGCCUACGCUCCCGCUAUCUCUGCGUACGCGUCUCCCGCGUACUCCACCUACGCCGCCGGCCCUGCCUACUCCUCCUACGCCGCCGGCCCUGCCUACUCUACCUACGCCGCGGCCGCCCCGGUGCUCCGCUCCUCCAUCGCGUACUCUGCCGCUCCCGCCCUCUCCCACGUCUCCUACGGCGCUCACGGUGCUAACUAUGGUUGGUAAACUGAAUCCAAUGCUCUAAUCUGUAAAUAGCAAAAAAAAACAAAAUAUAUGAAAUGCCAUAUUAAAUAUAUUAUUUUCAUUA